CGUAAAAUAAAUGCAUCUAGAGUUGCAGCUCCAGAAUCUAUGGAUAGUUGUGACUUUCUACCAUAGUGAACUAACACUCCAUGGGUGGAUAAAGCAACCACCCAAUAUUUAUAGAAGGACUAUUUACUAAUGGGCUUGAGGAUGACACCACCUUGUAUAAGCCCGGGUGGAGUUUGGACCUUUGAUUCUGCAAAGACAACUUCAAACGGCUAGCAACACAAGACAAGUGGUUGAGUGCGGGAUAACGUGAAAGCGCGCGGUGGAAGGAGGAAGAUGGCACUACUUUUCAACUUACAGUUUUCUCGUUGGACUUUCUACAAACACCUUACGCCGCGUAAAUAUACAACGCUCUGUCAGCAUAAUUCCACAACCAAUUUAUCCCAUUUCGCAACCCUAACUUCCCGCCAGAAAGACCAGAUUCAUCUCUACGUCGAUACACUUCUUCAAUGGAACAAGCGUAUGAAUCUAACCGCAGUUAAAGAAGUGAAUGAAGUCAUGGAAAGACACAUUGAGGACUCCCUCGCGAUUUUGCCUCCGUUGAGGGAUAAUUAUAUCAGUCACUGCAGCAAUUCCGUCGAGAAGGUUAAACUCGUCGAUGUUGGAACUGGCGCAGGCCUUCCUGGAGUAGUUUUGGCUAUUGCUCGACCAGAUUGGGAUGUAACGCUGAUGGAGUCUUUGAACAAGCGGUGCGUCUUCUUGGAGCACGUUGUUGGUGUUAUUGGUACCUCCAAUGUUCAAAUUGUAAGAGGAAGAGCCGAGAGUUUGGGACAGGAUCUUUUCUUCAGAGAGAAAUUUGACAUCGCAGUAGCCAGGGCAGUUGCAGAGACGAGAAUAUUAGCUGAGUAUUGUCUUCCGUUCGUUCGUGUUGGGGGGAUGUUUAUUGCUGCCAAGGGUCAUGAUCCUGAGGAAGAAGUUAAGAAAGCUGAAAGCGCCAUCAAGAAAAUGGGUGCGUCAUUAUUGCAAGUAUGCUCAGUGGAAUCGCAAAGCCCAUAUGGUCAGCGUACUGCCGUCAUAUGUCUGAAGGAUCGGCCUACUCCAAUGAAAUAUCCCCGAGCUCCUGGUACACCAACCAAAGAACCAUUGUAAGAUGGAAGCUUUCUCUGUUGGAUGUGUUCUGCUGUUCUUUCUACCCAAUCCUAUCACUUUCCUUGAACCAGUCAUAGAGAAGGAUCCAUUUGAUGAGCACCAGUGACCUGAUUUUCUGCUCAAUUUGGACCAGUUUUUUUUAACUAAUUUAUUAUAAGUUUAUAAUAGCAGCGUUGUUUCUUCUUCUAAUAGUAGUGACUAGUGAUGUUUUGACUUUGUUCAUUGCGAUGCUGGCAUAACAUAAAUAUAAACUGUAAGUUGUCCUCACACUAACCUCUGUCCAUAUAUGAACUUGUAUCUACAUGGGGAGAUACUCUAUUUUUUGUGUGCAACCAUUGUCCAUUUGUGCAUAAUGAAAUAAAACAGUUAACUGCAUUUUGUCUUAUACUUGGUCAAAAAUGAAGUUACUCCAAAUAAACUGAAUAGUUUAAAGGAUUAAGUACAUACUAUACAGUAACCAGUUUUAUUAAUUUAGAGAUGAUUUUCUUGUUUUUAACCCUAUGGCUUACUAUGUGUACAUCAUUCUUUCCUGCAGGGCCGGCCCUAGGGGUAGGCCACCAAGGCUACCGCCUAGGGCCUCACUUUUAUGUUCUUAUUUAUGUGUGGCCAAUUUUAGUUAAUUGAUUUGUUAACAUCAAAAAUUAAUUCUUAAGAGUUUAAAUUAUGUAAUAAUAAAAUUCAUUUAUAAUUGUAUUAUAUUAUUGAUUAAUUUGAAAUUCACACAUUUUAAGUCCUUCUAAAGAUUUUAUAUAUAAGUUUUUUUUAAAAGAAGAAUGAGAAAACUUUUUUUAUUAUGAAUUUUUCAGAGGAAGGGUGAA